AUGAUCACGUCGGUAGUAUCACGUCGGGGUCACCAGUUUGGAGGUAUGAGGAACAGGGUGGUCGGCAAACGAGCAGACGGAUUACCUGAUGGUAAGCAAUCAGCGCCGCCCAUGGACACUCGCAACGGUGGAGUUACGAAAAAUUUGGCACCUUCGGAACUGAAGAAACUUAGGAAUAAACAAAGAAAAGCAAAACGCAAAGCUGAACAAGAAAGUGCGCUACAGGCUCAAGUACAGGUGAAACGUGAACAGCAUCACAAAGCAAGGCAGCAGCAGGAGCAAGGUGAUCCCGAAGCGCCACAGUUAGACGAACUCAUACCUGACAAAUUAGCCCGGGCGGAGGACCCGUUAGAACAAGCGCUCAAGUUCCUACAACCACUAAGAACGCUCGCCGCAGAUAGAAUAGACACACAUUUAAUGGCCUUCGAAAUUUACUUUAGAAAAGACAAGCCCCUACUGAUGCUGCAGAGCAUAAAGCGCGCCCACCGACUGGACCCGGAACACCACCACCUGCACGACUGCCUGCUCCGGUUCCAGGGCUGGCUGGACGACAACCUCGCCAGUCUCAACCCAGCAGUCGCCGCUGUCAUCGCCAAGGAGAUUGAACCGAUGGUCCGCGGGCGCAGUACGGUGGAGAUGGCGGAGCAGCUGGUGUCGUCCCCCGCGGCGGCGCGCUGCCAGGCGGCCGCGCUCAGCGGGGCGCGCGCCCUGCGCAGGCACCUGCCCGCCCGAGCCGACCAUGCGUUAAAACUCGCCACCUCGCUGCAAUACCCCGACCUCUCCAUACAGGGUUGUGUAGACGUGUUGGACAGUCUACGAGACGGUGACUUCGGGCCGUGUGAGAAGGAGAUAGAGCAAUAUAUCGAGGCGUGUCGCAAGAAGUUCCCGUACGCCAUCGCGUUCAAGCCGGCGUCCGAGCUGAGCGCGCUGGCCGACGACCACGUGGCCGCGGACGAGGCCCCGCUACAACCGAAAGAGAUCGCCGUCAACAACUGA